GUUGGCUUACAUCCCUGCAUUUGUCAAGUGAGAGGCUUGGCGAAAGGGGAACAAAACGCAUUCGGAAAAGCCCAAUUCAUACUUAUAAACACUAUAAAGCCAUAUUCAACACGCUGACGAGCCCCAAGUUUGGCAUCAUGAUGUGUUGCGUGAUUUUGUGAGUGAGCUCAGAUCGUGUUUGUACAAGGCAUUUCGAGUCCAAUUCGUGAUCAAGGCCAAGAAGAAAGAAGCCUUUUUUACUUUUACCCCUCUCGAGGGCUGUGAUUCGCCAUGUUUGAUGAGAUUGGGGGACUGCCCGUUGGAGGAGCUGCAGUGGCAGUUUUUCUCAACGACACCAACCUUCUUCCCUUUGAUCCCCUGGAAGGGGAAGGGGAUGGGGAUGGAGAUGGAGCGACGCCGGAUUAUUUGGAAUUUGUCCUGGGCGAGUCGGCGGCGGCUAAUUGCACCGACUGGAAUCAAACUUUCCUUUUCAAUGGGACCAAUUUCACUUGUGGGAGUAUCCUCACCACUGAAGACUACUCGUACAGUAUGCCCAUAUGGAGGCAGGUGAUGUGGAUGAUCUUGUUCGUGGCCAUGGCCACUGUGGCCACUUGUGGCAAUCUCAUUGUCAUUUGGAUCGUGAUGUCUCAUCAGAGGAUGCGCACCGUCACCAACUACUUCAUAGUGAACCUUAGCAUAGCGGAUACCAUGGUGUCUUCCCUCAAUGUAACCUUCAAUUUCGUCUACAUGCUCUAUGGGCAUUGGCCAUUCGGUACUCUGUACUGCAAAGUCUCCAGUUACAUUUCCAUCAUCUCCGUUUGUGGCAGUGUCUUUACUCUCAUGGCCAUCUCCAUUGACAGGUACAACGCCAUCGUCCGGCCUCUACGGCCCCGAAUGGGCCGGCCCUCCACCGUACUCACGGCCUUGCUCAUUUGGAUUGUGAGUGGGAUCAUUGCUCUGCCUCAGUUGCUUUAUUUCACCACACAAAAUAUGUCCAGUGAGACUGAGAAUCGAACUGUGUGCUUUGCUAUUUGGCCGGAUGGUCCAACCAAUGAGAGCUCCUUUGAAUUCUUAUACAAUGUGGCGUUUAUGAUCAUCACCUAUUUCCUUCCUAUGCUUUCCAUGAGCAUCACGUACACUGCAGUGGCUAGAGAGCUUUGGGACUCCAAGAUCAUAGGCGAGGCCACGAAAGCCCAAAUGGAUGUCAUCAAAUCCAAACGGAGGGUUGUUAAAAUGAUGGUUAUGGUGGUUUUCAUCUUCGGUGUGUGCUGGCUACCCUACCACGUCUACUUCAUUAUUUCCAACGCUUACCCGGAAAUCAACUACAGUCCACAUAUUCAGGACAUCUACUUGGCGAUUUACUGGCUGGCCAUGUCUAAUGCCAUGUACAACCCCAUGAUUUAUUGCUUCAUGAAUAGCAGAUUCCGUCAGGGUUUCAUGCGCGUGUUCAACUUCUUCAAGCGGAUCGUGUGCCCCAUGUCGUUCAGCUCGGGAUCGAGUGGCACCCAGGCCAACGUGGAGCUGGACACGGCCACGGCUUUUAACCUGGAGGUGCGUCCCCAACGGAAUGGGACCAUUCAUUACACCGCUCAUUAUCGUAAUCCCAAUGGUGCUCAAACGCAGAGCUUGGGGCCGGCGAUGGGGCCCUCCCGAGAGGAGACAGUGCCCAUGUUGACAGAUGGGGCCCAGGGCCUCUUGGGGCUGGGUCGAGGCCGAUCGUCAGAGGAUCUCCCUCUGUCUAAUGGGAACAAAUUUGGCAAGACAUUCCUCUGACACAAGGAGUUCCCCAGCCGAGAAAGACUGAUUUGAUCCUCCUGGGUCGCGUUCGUUCCCUUGGAAACCAGAACGACGAGUUUUGAUUAAGCGGAGCGUUACAGGGUUGGCCACUAGUUUUCUUUCCUUAUUUGGAGAAGAACUUUGAAAUCCUGGUUUGUUCGCCCUCCCCGAAGGAUGUUGUAAUGGAAUUUGAGAAAUCUGAAGUUUUUUUUUUGCACUGAAACGCAAAUUUGGUAAGGUGUUUUUGUAACUAUUUUUUUUUUGACAACCCAUAGCUUUUCUUUUGUUGUUGUGUGUUAUUUUGAUCCAUUUAACGGGGCUGCAAUAAAGCAAAUCACUUUGUCAAUACUCAUCCCCAUCUCCCUUAACUUUUUUGCUAUGUUCCCCACGUGAACGAAAGGGCGACCCUGUACAAACCCAGGAGAAAAUGUUGUUAAUAAUACGAUUAUUAGAUUCAUGCCAUGUUGUGAUAUUUCCCAUUCAGUGCAAGCGAUAAUGUCUACAUAUUAAAAGCCACGUCGUCUACCUUAACGAAAAAAAGAGAUUUUCUCGUCGA